AUGGAAGAAAAACGUAUGUUUAUAAAUGCGAAAAUGGUGGGGCAUGCUCAGAAACACCCAGACGAGUGGCAUAAUAUAAUAUUAGAGGACAUGAAUGAAAUUAAGGGAACUUCAGGACGUCUUCGAAACUCUUAUACAGGACAAAUUAAAUGUGAUGCAAGUAUCAAUACUUUUAAAGAGCUCAAAGAAACAGCGAGUUAUCGGUCAAAUUGGAGAAUUGGAGUUGUGAACCAACCUUCGGAUUUAAAAAAAAUAUACCUUAUGUACCUAUUUAUGAAUACUUAUUACUAUUUACGCAAUGCAAUUAUUUAUUACUGUUAUUACAAUUACAGUUUAAACUAGAAUUGAUUUAGUAUUGUAAAAAUAAAAAUUGUCUUAUAGUAUCAUGUUAAUAUGGCCGUCAAAGAUUCAAUCGGUGGUUGGAAAGAUAAUGCGUAUGUCUAUCAAACUUCCAAAGCAUGUACAACAAUGAAGAAUUUUGCUGGUAAUUCGUGGCCUGUAAUUCUAAAUAGUUUUCGUUUAAGUGAAUGCCCAUGGUCUCCGGUAAAUAAUAUAUUACCUUUAAUAUUUUAACAAUUUGAUCAUUAUAGUGUUAACAUAAUAACUUUGUUUAGGGAGUUUUUAUAACAAAGGGUUUUGAUCUAACAAAUGCUAUUGCAAAGGGUAGUUUUCCAAAACAAAUGUUUUACGGGACAUACAAAUAUCGUCUUUUUUUUAAAGAUAUAAAAAACAAACAAAAAGGCUGUAUUAUCUUUUUGAUUGAUAUUAAACGUCCGUGGGAAUCAGCAUAA